AUGCGAUCUUUGUCAUUCAUCGCGCUGAGUCUAGGGGCUGCCUUGCCCUUCGUCGACGCUAAUGGCCUGCCUGACAUUAUCUACCGUGAUGUCGCGGUUAUCGGAGGAGGCGCCUCCGGUGCGUAUGCUGCUGUUCGCAUGCGUGAUGACUUCCACAAAAGCAUUGCUUUGAUUGAGAAGCAGAACAUCCUGGGUGGUAUGGUUGACACAUAUGUGGACCAGAAGACUGGAAAAACUUUUGACUAUGGGGUUCAGAGUUUCCUUAACGUGAGCGGGGCGACCGACUUCUUUGCUCGAUUCAAUAUCUCGAUUGGUAGUAGCCGCCCAAGCAGUUCAUCUUCAGUCACCGAGUAUAUCGACUUCAGAACUGGCAGCAAGGUCGAUUUUGAGCCCCCAUCAUCAUCGAAGCAGAUUUCAGCCAUCGCCAAAUUUCUCGAAGUCAUUGAGCCCUGGGAAUCAAUGUUAUUUCCUGGCUACUGGAAUUUUCCUGAGCCCUCUGAUAUCCCAGAAGACUUUCUGAUUCCGUUUGGAGAGUUUUUAACCAAACAUGGCCUGGAGGAUGGCGCUCCUAUCAUUUACGCAUCCACUGGCCUCGGCGUGGGUAAUAUGAGUGAAGUCACCACAAUGUUUGCGCUGCAAAGCUUUGGCUGGGACAUGGCGCGCGGCCUGACAGGCAAAAUGGGCCUGUUUACGCCUACAUCUGGGGGCAACCAGGUGCUAUACGACGCGAUUGCGAAGGACUUGGGGGACGACGUUCUAUACUCCAGUACUGUUAUCGACAGCCGCCGCACCGAUUUUGGCGUCUUCCUUACCGUCCGCAAUCACAAAACGAAUAAGGUGACGCUGAUCAUCGCUAGACGACUUCUUGUUGCCAUUGAGCCCACCAAGGAUAACGUGGAGACUUUGGAUCUGAGCCCGUUUGAGUCAUCAACCUUGGCCAAGUUUACAUACUCGAACGAAUUUGCUGGAUUGGUCGAUAAUGCCGUAUUCAACGAGAGUACUUACUACUUCAACUUACCGUCAUCUGCCGCUCCAGACAACACCCUUGUCUACCAAGAGGACCCCAUGGUCGCAAGUUUCCAAUACACCGGCCUCGAGAAUUUGUUUCGAGUGAUGGUCAUCGGUAACACCACUACUACCGCCGAUGAGGCCAAGAGUUUGAGCCAGGAAAGCUUCAAUACCUUGCUGAAGUCUGGUCGUUUCACUACUCCUGGCCAAGAGCAAGAGCUCAGCUGGGCCGCUUUCGCUACACACGGUGCCAUGCAUGCUCGCGUCACUGUGGAUCAAGUGAAGGCAGGCUUCUUCCAGGACUUGUACAAGCUUCAGGGUGCUCGCUCCACGUGGUGGACGGGUGGCGCUUUUUCUGCAAACUUCCAGACUCAGCUGUGGAAGUUUGACGAGGGACUUAUUCCCAAGAUCCUCAAGGGCCUCUAA